UUCUGGACAGGCUGUGCAGAGAGAGGCCAGCAGCAGACCCAGGAGAGCAUUAGGCACAAUGCGGACACAAUUCUUCAGCGUCCUUGCCCUGACCCUGGGCUGCCUGUCCCAGGUACAGGCUGAAGUGGCUGUGCAGCCUGACUUCCAGCAGGAUCAGGUAACCGCGCCUCCCCCCCCCUGCCCCCAGCUCAGGGACCAAAGAGCUGAGUUCAGUUGUCUGCAUGGAGCUUGGCUUAAACCUAGCAAGCCCCGUCCCUGGAUCGUCUGCCCGGGACCCUUGCAGAAUCUGAAAUGAAAUGACUUAUUUCAUUUCAUUUAUUGCAUUUCCAUCCUGCUUCCCCUCCAGGAGGUCAAGGUGGCGUGCAUGACCCACACACCUCCUCAUUUAAUCCAAACAACAACCCUGUGAGGGAGGCUAGUCUGAGAGAGGCAGUGGCUGGCGCAAUGCCACACUCUCAGGGAGCUUCACGACUGAGGGUGGGAACUGAAUCCUGGUCUCCCAGGUCCUAGUCUGGUGCUCUAGCCAUUAUGUCACAGUGGCUGUCUUUCAGUUGACCCUGAACAGCUCAGAUCUAAGAUCUUGGAAAGGGACCUCCUUGGGAGAGAGACUUGGCUCAGAGGUCUGCCUGUCAUUCAAUAUCUCCGCUGGCAUGUUCCAGGCAUUGAAAAACGUAUGCUUCAACUCCAAGCCAAGUCAUGUGGAGGACAAGAAGAGAGGAUGACCGACGUGAGAAUGUUCUCAUUGUCUGGCUAUUGCCUGUGCAAAAGGAAUGAGAAGGAAACUCACUCGCUACCUCUUUACACAAUGCCUGUGCCAACGAUCUGCAUGUACAGGAAUUUUGGAAGCUCCCUUAGACCAAGUCAGACCCUUGAUCUAGCAAACCCAGUAUUGUCAACACUGGCUGGCAGCAGCCAGGAUUUCAAGUGGGGGCCUCUCCCAGCCCCACCUGGAGAUGCUGCCAGUGAAACAGCUGCUCUACCCAGGGAGCUAGAGCUUUUCAUAUCUCAGAAGCUGGGAAUAAAUAGGGAAGGUGUUUUGAAAUUCUGGAAAUAAUCUGUUUGUUUGUGCCUCCCCACUCCCCCCCCCCGAAAUGUGUUCAGCAAGGGGCACAACAAAGAGACGAAGAGGGCUAAUUCUGACUUAGCCUUGUUAAUUGUGUGGCUUAUGUGCUCCCAACUCCAAGAGAGAGUUUUCCACCAAAGUUUCUUAACUUACGGUGGUUGGAGCGGAAAUCUGAAGAGGCUUCUUCUUUAGGCAAAGCUACUCCAAAGAGAGGUGUCAGUAUGCCUCUCCUCUCCCUGCAUCUUUAAUGCCCAGGCCAAAGAAGACCCCUAUGUUACUCUGAAGCUUGCACGGUUUUUAGCACAAGUGUGAGGGAGGAAGAGCCAAGGGCAGCGCAGUGGGCUGGCAAGCAAUAAGGAAAGGUUUAUAAAUCAGGGAACUGGGGUCUCCCAUCAGCCCACGAGGCAUUGCGUCCCAACCCACCCCACCCAUUUGGCCAGGCAGCAGAUUCCAGAGCAAAACAUUUGUGCUAAAGCGGUCCCUGUGUUUGUAGUUCACAGGGAAAUGGUACAGCAUCGCCCUGGGCUCCAACGCCCACUGGUUCAAGGACAAGAAGCAGGUGAUGAAGAUGUGUACCACGGUGGUCAUGACCACGGAGGACGGGGACCUGGAUGUCACCUCCACUUACCCCAAGUAAGGAGGCACAGGUGGGCUGCCAAGCCUUGGCCUGGCGUGCCCCCACACCCGACAGAUGGAAUUAAUAUUGUGGGAUGUUGCACAGGCCUCUGGUCACAAUGGCAUCAAAAAUCAGGGAUGAGCAAGAUUAAUGGAGGGGUGGGUCUUUUGUCAGCACAGAAGGCUAGGAGCAGAACCUCCAUGUUCAGAAGAAGAAGGGUUUGGAUUUGAUAUCCCGCUUUAUCACUACCCAAAGGAGUCUCAAAGUGGCUAACAUUCUCCUUUCCCUCCCCACCCCCAACAAACACUCUGUGAGGUGAGUGGGGCUGACAGACUUCAGAGAAGUGUGAGUAGCCCAAGGUCACCCAGCAGCUGCAUGUGGAGGAGUGGGGAAGCGAACCUGGUUCACCAGAUUACAAGUCCACCACUCUUAACCACUACACCACACUGGAGCACGGGAACACUGAUGCCCAGAUAUGAUGGGAGACUGCGGCUGCCUUGCUUGGAAGCGCUCCAUGCUGAACUGAUCCUGGAGUCAGGAUGCUGGGCAAGAUGAGAAGAGCCCGGCUGGAUCAGGCAAAAGAUCCACCCAGCCCAGUUUCCUGCUUCCAAAUAUGGACAGACAGAUGACCUGGGGAAGUCCCCAAGCAGGGCAUGAGGCAAUGACCCUUGCCUGUUGCAUGCUCCCAGCAACUGACCUCUAAGGGUACACUGCUUUUGGACAUGGAGGUUCCAUAGUGCUUUCAACACUGAUCACUGUUGGCAGCAAUGGACCCUUCUUUUUGCGUCCAUAGAACCCUUUAAAAAGAAAAACCAUCCAACCCCAUGGCCACAAACCUUGUGACUGGGAGUUCCACAGGUUAAUGAUGCACCGCUUGAAGCUGCUAUUAUUGUUUUAGACAGCCCAUAGAGAUUCUGCAAUAGACAGAUGUUGGGCAGAUGUGGACAGAAGCAAGCUGGCAUCUCCCAGGGGGCUGAUUUGCAGUUGAUCCGUGGAGAGUUCUCACUCCCAAUAUUUCAACAAUAGCAGGGAAAUAAAAUAAAUCCUCUGCCACAACUGGCCUUGCACUGGCCUCUCAUCUAUCCGCCUCUGUGUUCCCCACCUGUAAAAUGAGGAUAUUCAUGGGUUGCCUUUCACCAGGGCUGUAUGCAGCUCUGUGGGUCUGUGUUCGAAUCCUUCAUCUAUAGGAACCCAGCUGUAAAUUUACAGUAAAGGUAAAGGGACCCCUGACAGUUAGGUCCAGUUACGGACAACUCUGGGGUUGCGGUGCUCAUCUCGCUUUACUGGCCGAGGGAGCUGGCGUACUGGCUGAGGGAGCUGGUCAUGUGGCCAGCAUGACUAAGCCGCUUCUGGCGAACCAGAGCAGUGCAUGGAAAUGUUUUUUACCUCCCUGCUGGAGCGGUACCUAUUUACCUACUUGCACUUUGACAUGCUUUCAAAUUGCUAGGUUGGCAGGAGCAACAGGAGCUCACCCUGUCGUGGGGAUUCGAACCACCGUCCUUCUGAUCGGCAAGCCCUAGGCUCUGUGGUUUAACCCACAGUGCCACCUGCAUCCCUAGAUUUACAGUAUGUACUUGUUUAUAAAUGUGACCCAAGAGCAUUGCAUAAGCGAGACUCUGCCAACCUGGUGCCCUCCAGAGGAUUUGAGCUGAACAUUUGGAAGAAUUUUCUGAUAGUAAGAGCUGUUUGACAGUGGAACGGUCUCCCUUGGGAGGAGAUGGACUCUCCUUCCUUGGAGGUUUUUAAGCAGAGGUUGGAUGGCCAUCUGUCAGGGAUGCUGUAGCUGAGAUUCCUCAAACUCAAAACCCUGAAGGUUGUUCCCGUAAGCCAGGAGGCUUCCUGAGUUGGCUGCCUGUGCUUCUCCUUCUUUCAUCACUGUCCUGCUCUCUCUCUGCUCUAGGCUCAACGAGUGUGAGACGAGGAAAAGCCUUUUUGUCCGGACUGAGCAGCCUGGCCGAUUCCUAUACACCAGCCCACGUAAGUGAGAGCCACGUCAUCUCCCGUCUGGCUGGGCAGUAGCCAGGCAACCCUCAGUCUGGAAUGGGUUGGGAAAGAGAUUGGCACCUUUCUGACUUAAUUCCUCCUGGUUGUUUCCAAGCAGGGCAAGGAAGAGCCAUCCCUUGCCAGACGGAGAGGGAAACUGGUUCUAGCAGCUGGGGGUUGGGGUGGGUGCCAAACCAAACCAACCUGCCAGUGGCUAGCACCAUUUAUAUCAUAGAAUUGUAGAGUUGGAAGGGACCCCGAGGUUCAUCUUGUCCAAUCCCCUGUAAUCCAGGAAUCAUUUGCGUGGUGUGCAAAGCCAGUGUCUGGCAGUGAUGGGGUGUGGGUGUGUGACUGUGUCUCCUUGCUGGCUCCAUUUCAAUUCUUCUCUUGCCUCCUUCGAUGCCAGGCUCUGGAAACCGCCAUGACGUCCGUGUGGUGGAGACCAACUACGAUGAGUACGCCUUGCUGUAUGCCAAGGAGCAAAACACGAAGAAGUUGACAAUGGUAACACUGUAUGGUACGUCUGUUCCUCCCACUGUUCUGCCACCAGGGGGCAGCCUUCCUCCCUUCUGCUCCACCACCCCCGCCCUUCUGGCUUGUGCUGUUCCCCUUGGGGACAGAGGACUGGGGAGCCUGGGUUUUAUUGCACCAGAUAGAUUGGGUGGCAGGAGAGCUGGAGAGUUGGAAGGGACUGUGAGGAUCAUCUAGUGCAACCCCUGCAGGGCAGGAAUCCUUUUGCCCAACAUGGGACUCGAACCCACACCCUGAGAUGAAGAAUCUCGUGCUCUACCAACUCUCCUUGCUCAACAGCGCUUUGUGUUUCUGGUGGCAGGUAGAAGCAAGGAGCUGAGUCCCGAACUGCGGGAGAAGUUCACCCAGCUGGCCUUGGCAGAGGGACUUGGUAAUGAGGACAUCCUCUUUUUGCCCAGCACUGGUAAGUGGGAGAACUGGGAGCGGGAGCCGGACAGGCCUCAGGUUUCUUCCUCUAGGGAUUGCCAUGUGGGGUUUAUCAUGGGUUCACCUGCCUCCUGCUUGCUUGGACAGAGGGCAGCAAUUCAUAAACAGUUUUCAGGCCCCUUCCCCUUGGUACCAUAAAAACCCAUCCCAGUGCCCCCAUCCUAUCCUAAGAAAAGGCAUUAUUUGGAAUAGUGCUUUGUACAACACACUAUUUUUCAUUUUCAUUUAUCUAUUAGAUUUAUAUACCGGCAUUCAGCACAAGACCUCUGGGUGGUUCACAAGAUAAAAAUACAAAGUAAAAGCACAAGUAAAUAAUUAAAACGCAAACAACGGAACAACAACCCCCCCCCCCAACACAUUUAAACGUAAAUAGAGCGUUAAUCAGCCCAAGGCCUUGUUGAAAAGGAACUUUUUCACUUGGCACCUAAAGGUGUAUAAUGAAGGCUCCAGGUGAGCCUCCCUGGGGAGAAUAUUCCACAAAUGGGGAGCCACUGCAGAAAAGGCCCCGUUCUCAUGUUGCCACCUCUCGUGGAGGAGGUACACUAAGCAAGAUAGUAGGGCCAUGACAUUUAGAGCAGUAGCCAUUGAUUGUGCAUUGAUUCAAAAUCCACUUAAGACUAUUUAGUUUAAUUAAUGCAAUUGAAAUGAUGUUUGAUCCAGCGAUAGCACUGUUUCAAAGCCUAAAGGUCAUUUACACCUCCAGCACCCCCUGGUGAACCCGAGAAUCUUAGCACCCCACCUUAGGUAAUCACUCACCAGAAGUUUGCACUGCCCACUUGAGCAGCCACUAGGCUAGGACGUAGGUAAAGUCUAGUCCAUUGCAGCACUUAGUUUUGCCUCACCAAUGGCACACGGUCCCAAAGAUGUUUUCUUGAGGGCAGUGUGGUUCCCCAUCCUUGGUUUAAAGGGGUCCUGUCAGAUGGCAAUGGUGAUUGCUCAUGAGUAACCAGUCAGGACUCCAACCGGUCUUUUACAGGUUUUAUUUUGGUGCAAAACUAUUUACAGUGCAGAACCACAAAUUCAUGUCUGCCUCAACUGCUAGCAGAAUCUGGGAGUGGUCGUUUCCAGGUCCUCCCCCAACAUAAUAGCUUAGUCACCCCCAGCCUUUUCCUUCCUUCUUUGCGUUUUACACCACUGCGCAGGGUGGAAGACGGAAGAGGCGUGCUUCCCUCCUGGCCAGCUUGGCAAGGAGUGGUGCUGAGGCUCCCAGCAGCAUCCUCUGGUCCCUUCCCCGCUUCCCCACUGGAGGUGGGGCUUUCCCCACCACAGGAAGAGGAACUGCUUCACAAGAUUUUCGGAGGUUCCCUGUAACCCAGCUGCCCCUCUGCUUCCCUUACCUGUUCCAAUGGCAGUCCCCUGACAGGUCUAGUUCCUGCCUGGUCUGUCUGUAUUUCGAAUUCUGAAACCCAAAAUAUUCCUUCACUCUUAAGCUCUGGCUGCCAAAACAUAGAAUCUCAGCAGUUUGCUUUGUUUUCUUUCCCUUCCCAUUGAUUUAAUACAUUGAUCACAUGCCUUUUUAAGAAUAAGAUCUCCAUGACGUGUACAAAUAUGGAACUCAGAAAAAUCUCCCCCAGAAUACGAAGCGCCAUUUGAACACAGCUUUUUAGAAACAUCAGAAAUGUGCAGCAGUCUUAGAGCUGGCACAAAAUCAACGAAUGAUGGGGCUCCAUGCCAACCUAUGCUGCAACAAAUCAAAGUGCACAACCAAUUUUUUUGGAAAGCCCCAAUUUAAAUUGGACUCUUGAAAAUGACAAAGAGGAGAUGAAUCAGAUAAGAACAUCUGGAAAUACCAGUCAGGUGGAGCUUGCCUGGUUUCACGGGGAAUUGAGUUCCACAGAUCCAUGUGGGGACACACCACCUGCAUCCUCACCAGGACUGGUUCCCAAAGCAGCUCACAGUUAAAACCCAUCACCAUUGUCAUGCUAUAGCCCAUGUAUAUCAUAAAAAGCAUAUUAUAUCCUUUCUUUUCAGCUGAUGUAUGGUCAGGAUCCACAGCACACUGACAAUUGAUCUGCCUGCUGGUCCUGUUUCUAGAUUUUUAGCAGGGGGUAUAUGAAGAAAGAGGAGGAGAAAAACUGAGUAGAGAGGAGAAACAGGCAUAAACAAGUUUCCUGCUGAAAUUAAAAAUUAAGGAUAUCUGGCCUUAUGUGUCAUGCAUCCCAUAUUCCCAGUGUGAGCAACAGAGGGGAGUUUGCAUCUAGACAUAGAUUAAUGGUUAAUAAGCCACGUUUGGUCUCUUGCAGCCGGACACUCUGAAUUGCAUUGUGGGGUGGGGGUUAGUGAGUAGGGAAUGCAAGAGUGUGAUGGGCUUGCCUAGUGGUACGUGUGUGGCCAAGGUUGGACUAGAAGACCUCUGGGUGCCCUUGUUCCAGAGCUGUGAUUUGGUGGCCACACAGGACCGUGCCCUGGGUAGCAAAGCAACCCUUUGCUCACCAGCAUGCAGCAAACACACCCCUGCCACCUUCAAAUGCCUUUAGACCACUCCCUGAUCCCUCUCCUUGCCUUCUCUCCGGACAGAUCUUUGCAUGACGGACAAUGUGUAGGUGAGUUGCCUUUUACUCUGUGGCUCGUGGGAGAGGCAAGCGGUGGGCGGUGUUACAUUUCUAGAAAUCAAAAGGUUGGGGCUCAUAUGUGUCUGUCCCGAGGCCUUUCCUCAUAAACCCUGACAGCGCAUGUGUGUCAAUUGCUGGGGAAGGAGUGCACAGGGCUCUGCAAAGCAUGGUUUGUCAGACAUAAUAUGUGUGAGCCAGGCCACUGUCUUGAGCAACAAGUGCCGAGGGCUGCUUGCUUAAUAACAUAAGAAGAGCCUGAUGGAUCAGACCAAUGGCCCAUCUAGUCCAGCAUGCUGUUCUCACAGUGGCCGGUCAGAUGCAUAUUGUAGGAAACCUGCAAGUAGCAUUUGAGCACAAGAGCCCUCUCCCCUUCUGGGUUUCCAGCCACUGGUAUUCAGAAGCAUCGCUGCCUCUGACCGCAGAGGCGGAUUAUAGCCAUGUCUGGUAGUCAGCGAUAGUUCUCUCCUCCAUGAGUUUGUCCAAUCCUCUUCUAAAUCUCUCAACAUUGGUGGCCAUCAUUGCCUCCAUAGUUUAACUCUGUGCUUGCUUAGAUGACAAAGAAAGAAAGAAAGAGAGGGAGAGAGAGGGGGGGGGCAUGGAAGAGAUUUCAAAGGAGCAAGAGAGGCCUUCAUUGUUUGGGAGCAUCUGUGGGGCUGCAGGUUGGCUUCGGGAAGGCCCACAGAAGGUUGGCCUGAUGAUCAGCCAUGGCAAUUCUUCAGGACGCAAUGACUGCCCUGCUGCUGAUUCAGGCCAAGGGCCCAGUCUCCUGUUUUCUCAUGAGCUGGGCAUCGAUGUGAUAGUUGCGCUCAGCUGCUCAUCCUCAGCAGGGGCUGCUCAGAAGGAGACUGUUUCUGUACAUGGAUGCUCUCUUGAUAGACCUCUGAAUCUGUCUUUUAAAGCUAAUAGAGCCACAUCUGGUGGCAGGGAGUUCUGCGGUCAUGGUGUGUCAACAAAUACAGUUGUGUGUAGUUUGCACCCAGCAGAGGGCUGAGCUUGCUAGGACAUCACCAAGGGGAAUUGAGACUUCUGAAUAUGUUAGUUGGUGGUUGGGAUUAUAUCCAGAAUGCAGAAAUAUGUGGCACACACUCACACACACCCUUUCCUUUUCAAGCUCCUAGGUUGAAAAUCCAGGUUUUGCUUCGAGCAAGGAAGCCCCAUUUUCUGACCUGUCUGCCAAUCCUUGACUUCUCCAGCGCUGACGUAGCACCUCUUCCCUGUUCAGCCAUGAGCAUCUUUCACCUCUAACCCACCCCUGUAAAAGCUGAUCCUUGAUUAAAAAUAAAAAAUGUCACACAAAAUGG